GGUAACAAUUCGUACGGAAAGAAGUUAAAACAAGUAGAACGUGGAAACUUCAGAUUAAAACAGAGCAGGAUCUAUAUAACUCAGACCCCAUCGUCUAAUUUCCAUUACAGCACUGCUGCGGCCACACGUUGUGAUCUGACAAUUAUGGUGAAGGAAACUGCCUUUUAUGAUGUCUUGGGUGUCAAUGUCGAUGCCUCCGCUGCUGAUAUUAAAAAGGCUUACUAUGUCAAGGCAAGGCAAGUUCACCCAGAUAAAAAUCAGGGAGAUCCAAAGGCUGCUGAAAAUUUCCAAGCACUUGGAGAGGCUUAUCAGGUUUUAAGCGAUCCAGAAAAGCGUGAGGCAUAUGACAAAAAUGGAAAGGCCGGCAUACCACAGGACUCCAUGGUAGAUCCUGCAGCUGUGUUCGGGAUGCUUUUUGGGAGUGAUUACUUUGAGGAUUAUGUUGGCCAACUUGCUUUGGCUUCUUUGUCAUCUGUUGAAGUUGAUGAAGAUUCGCAGGAUCCUGAAGUCCAUAGGCAGAGGGUUCACGAAAAACUGAGGACAUUGCGGAAGGAAAGGAUAGAAAAGCUCAUAACUAUCUUGAAAGAUCGUAUACAACCAUUUGUGGAUGAUCGUACAGAUGAGUUUGUAAGAUGGGCUAAUCUAGAAGCGCGACGUCUCUCAGCAGCUGCCUUUGGCGAGGCGAUGCUACAUACGAUUGGUUAUAUCUAUACUAGGAAGGCUGCAAUAGAACUUGGAAAAGACAAGCGAUACAUGAAGGUACCUUUUUUAGCAGAGUGGGUGCGGGAUAAAGGACAUCAGAUAAAGUCACAAGUGUCAGCAGCUUCAGGUGCUGUAUCUUUGAUUCAACUACAGGAAGAGCUAAAAAAGUUAAACCACGGUGAAAACAAGGAAGAGAACUUAAUGAAAGCCAUUGAAGAGAAGAAGGAUGCAGUGCUUAAUUCGCUAUGGCAGAUCAAUGUGGUUGAUAUUGAAUCAACCUUGUCACAAGUCUGCCAAGCAGUACUUAAAGACCCCACUGUGUCCAAGGAUGUUUUGAAGACACGGGCUACAGCAUUGAAAAAGUUGGGAACAAUUUUCCAAGUGAGCCUUGGUUUUCCUUUUCCACCCUAACUAUUAUGGUGCAAAAGCAGCUUACAGUAGAGAGAACAGUCUCCGCCAUGAAAAGGAUGACAAAAUAGAUGCAGCAUCAACAUCGUAAUUCUCGACCCACAAGCAAUUCCAACUGAAGUGGUCAUUUUGAAUGGUGAUAGGUCCUCAUUAUAGCAUUAUAGCCAUCAGCUGAAUAUUAUGGAAGAUAUUUGUCCUUGAUUGUAUGGAUUUAGUAUGCACCUCAGAUUCAACCAUGGCCUUUCAGUUAUGUUCUUAUGUAUCAUUUUAUGUCAGAUAUAUGCUGCCUUGGGAUUUCGUGUGAAGCUAUAUAUGUUUUGUAUCAAAUGAAUCAGCUUAGAGCAAUAGCAAACAAGGCCCUAUUUUAUUGAGCUCCUUA